GCAGAAGCGGGUACAGCAAACGACAAUCAAGCUAUUGAUGGCGGAGGUAAUCAACGAGCAACAUCAAGUGGGUCUACUGGGUGGUGCUCAUCUGGCUGCUGCGGUGCACGAAAGAGGAACGACGAUGAUUAAGGGUAGGUUAAAGGUGCUUUUCUUACCGCUUUUUAUGCCUCUCCUAAGGGAGAAAGGCAUAGCAAGCGGGGUAAGCGAGCACCAAAAGCCUACCUCUAAGAUGAGGAGAUAAGUCUGCUCACUGAAGAGCAAGAUCAACAUGUGGCUGGAGGUGAUACUACCGAGGGCCAAGGCGCUGUGGAUGGAGCUGAACAAGAGUCAGCCUCAGGAUCCUCUAGUCGUGGAGGUGGCUCUUCCUCUAGCCAGCAAGGUAGAAGAGGUGCUACAACGAGCUCAGGAGCAUCAACAGCCGAACCUAAAGUUAAGGGUACCGUGAGAGCGUAUAAUAUAGAUACACCAUUUUUUACUCAGCUUCUACUUCUUUCUUAGAAACGUCGAGUGAAAGACUGACGUUCCAAGAAAAGAUGUCCUUUGGGUACCCCUAACAAAGUGUUUUACGAUGGAAUGCCCACAGCCUGGGGCUUCGCUUGGAUCUGGUUUCACGAAAUAUUUUUCCGUGGUGUCCAACUCCCCAGGGAAGAGCGUAGUCGUCGUUUGGCCCUACUUCGCGCUAUCAAGAAAGCAGAACGGGAAUGGUACAUACGACGUGUGGAACGACGAACGAUGCAACAGACUUCUGCUGCAGGAUCCGGGUCCAAUAACGAAGGAAAUAAUAGUAGUAAAAUAAGUAGACUCUCCACCAGUUCCUCAAUUAGAACGCUUGGGAGCAGUGUUGGUUCAACAGGAGAUAGCGCUAAUGGCAGGUCAGGCAAGUUUGGAGGAUCACAAUCAGCGUCAGAGAAUACGCUUACGACCCGUGGG